AAGACGUAUAUGUGUGGGGUGGGGAAGCAAAAACCAAAUUUUCAUCUAGACAAAGUUGAAUUCAAAUAACUAAUUAUUACUCUAAAUAUCUGAAGUUGUCAGAGAAACGCAUUGACGUGUUGGUUCAUUCGGCUUGUGUUGACUUACAGGCUGUCAGAUGCAGGUAUUUAAUUCAGGGUGACAGAUUUGACAGCUGAGCAGCACAGAUGUGUUAGUAAGCUACUGUUUACAGAAUCAUGUCCAAACACAAAACCUCCAAGAAAAAGCUUAUUAUUGAAGACGAUGAGCCAAAAGAGGACGGAGAGGAACUGAAUCCCUUUUCCUUUAAGGAGUUCAUCAGGAGCAAAAAUCAGCAUCCUAACAUGGCCAGUUCUGUUGAGAAAACAUUUGAUGGUGCUUGCUCUGUGAGGGAUGAAUUCAAGUAUGCCAGUGGCUUUAAGCACAGCCAUGAUGGUCACUUUUUCACAGAUCCCUCACUGCUCGAGCAGUCGUUUGACUAUAAACCAGAGGACGAAUGGACUGAAAGCUACCAGCCCUCGUGCAUCGAUCAGGUGCACAAGUUAGGACUGAAUGCUGUUCUGGAAGGCAGUGCUUACUUGGAUCACUCCCUACUGUCCUGUGAAGACGAGACGGCAAAAGAGUGGGAGCUGCAAGAGGAUUUCUCACCACAGCGUGACUUCCACAGAAGGAGCACAUCGAGCUAUGAAGGAGAUGAAGAGACCUCGGUUGUUGAUCUCACCUUCCAGGUGAAGAACAGUACAGAAAAUGGGAUUAGUUACCAGGAAAAGCUAAGAGAAGAAAAUUCUCAGCUUCGGAAACACAUCAGAGAACUGUUAAAAAAGUCUGAGGUUGAUUCUACAAAGAUCAGACAGCUUACAGACGAGCUGCACAACCGAAAUUUGAAAGAGGAGAGAGAAGCUAAAGCAUUAGAGAGCAUGGUGCAGUCUGUGGAAGAAAACCUCCAGCUCAUGACAAAACGAGCUGUUAAAGCUGAAAGCAGUUUGUCUAAAUUAAAACAAGAGGUCCAGCAGCUUCAGAGCCAGCUUGAUGUGUACAGAUGUGAGAAUGAGCGACUUCAUGCAGGAGAAACCGCUGCCUUGACCUCAGUGAGACAAAAUGCUCAAGUGGCCUCCAAGUACCUCAUCAAAGUUGCCCAAGAUGCUGAGAUGUCCAUUAAGCAGCUGCUGACAGGAAGAGAGACCUUGUGCCUCGUAUCAGAGCUGCUGAGUUCAAUAGACAAGAUUACUGAGAUUCCAAAAUAACACCUUCUUUACUUCACUGUGUAGUGCCUUAACCACCUCUAUUAUUCCUUUAUUCUUUCAAAAUCAGAUGCUUUGAAUUUUACUGCUAUCGUAAUCCGUGUUUAUCUCUGUGGCUCACGUGUACAUGCUCACCACGACAACGCUCUUACCCAUGCUAGCUAGCAUUGUCCAACUGAAAAGAAUUGCUGAAGCUUUGGAGGCAGAACCCAAAGGAAUUCGAGCUGCUUACUGCAUGUUACAAGACCGAAUGCAGCCACGGAUCAAGUGGGACGUCACAUUGUGUACCAAGUUUUAUUUAUAGUGACAUCUAUGGGUGAUGUCUUUCUGGUCAGUAGUUUGCUGCUGAAAAUGCCAUGAAUCUUUUUGUAGUCAUUCUCUGAAAGAGUAGUGUCAAAAAGGAAGAUUAACUGUGACUGGAAUUUGUCUGUUUGUGAAGUUGAAUAGUGUAUGACAUCCCAUGGUGCUUUUCUGAAGAGCUUUUUUACAAUUGUGUAAACAUACCUUUACAUGUUAAACUUUUUUUAAAGAUAACUGAUCUUAUGCAUGAAAGGCUCUUGUGGUGCAGGUUUUCAUUCCAAUCAAACAGCAGACAGACCUGAGUCCAUAUGUUUAAUCAGCUGAUCUUGGCUUUCAGUAGACUCGGUAUGGCUUCUGAUUGGUUGGACAGCCUGUUCAAACCAAGGAUGUGUUGGUCAUGAGUCAGGAUAUUGUGUAGACAAGUCAGGCACUGAUAAGGAUCCUGGCUCACAACUAGUUGGAACACUGGACUCAAUUUCGGGUGAAAUGACUACCCAUAAAUCCCAAACAUAAAAUAUUCAAAUUUAUAUAUCAAAGAAAUUUGUUAGUUUAAAGUUUAAUCAUGUGUUUUUGUCAUGGUGAUUCCAAGAAGAAUCAUAGUCUAGAUAGUGUAUUCUUUUAAGUCAUUAAACACUUACAAACAGUGUAUUUAGUUCAAAAUCACUAAUUUAAGUGAUCAGUGAUCCUACAGUAGAGCAAUGACAAGCUAAUCACAUUUGUAGAUGAAAUAUUUUUCAGGCUGAAAAGCUUCAGAAAAUGUAUGCCAUCAUUUCCAGUAAGGAAAUGUAGUCAGCAUUGAUGCUCCCUAAGCUUUGCAGUGCAGUGUGGGAUUUUUUCAGGGAACAGACGUUCCAGUGCACUAGAAGGAUUUUGACAGACAGAGCUUAAAAAGACCGACUUACUGAUCAGAGUCCUGACUACUAAAUUAGGAGCUAAUUGAGAUGCACUCAGUUGUACUUUCUCAAAAUUAAUUUCAGCUCUCGAGGUCCGUCUGUUUUCCGCAUAUCUAUCAAACAGUUCAGUCCGCUUGAAAGAGAGUUCUACUUUAGAAAUAUCACUCUUUUAAAUUAAUACCAGUCUAUUCUGUCUCCCAGGCCAGUAACAUACGAGAGCUGUGAUUUCAUUCCAGUCUUUUCAAGUCUUCAUUUUCAUUACUCGAAUGUGAUUAAUGUACCAUUGUGGGCAUAGCAUUGUUCAGUCACAUACUGCUUUUAUAAGGAAUAAACCUGCUAAAUUCAUGUAUGUGUUCAGAUAGAAUUAAUAUUGAAAAAAUACAGUACUGUAAAAGAAAAGGCUGUGUACUGUACAGUACUACAUACAGUACAAUAAUCAAUUUCUGCUUUUAAGUUUUAAAAGUAAAUUGUUGCACAGGUUUCUGUUUAAAUUAGCUGCCAAUUUGUUACAGAGUUUUUCCCCCGCUGGUCAAAUUCCACGGGUUUAUAAAAGAUAAUAUCUCUGAAACUUUUAUGAAAAAAAGAAAAGUUUUUUCCUGGAUUGUUGUUUCCCAGGUUGCACCCUUGUUUCAUUUUCAAGUUACAAAAUUAGUAAAUAACUUUAUAAUCUUAAUACUAAUUUAAUAAUAAAAAAAGAAAUGUUUUACAUUUACAAUUUCCCUCAAAAACCAAAACCUUUACUUUCAUCUGUAAAUGAGAUUCCUGUUUUUACUUUAACAAUUUGACAUUUGCUUUUUUGAUACAAAUGAAAUGAAAUGAAGGUUUUAAUUACAGAAACUGGAAACGUUAUUGCUAUGUGGUGAAUAAUAUGUAUGUUGCACUUUUUAUUAUUUUUAUCUCUUUUUUUAAAUAAACUGUUCAUUUGUUUGUGAUUUGAAUUAAACCAAUGUACAAAUUUUAUUACAGAAACAAUUGUGAAACUAUUGUGAAGCAUUUUGUUAACUUACUAAUCAGCAGAUAUUUAUGUGUUUAU